UGUUCUUCCAUUAAUUUGCUUUACUCCUACUUCUUUUAUAAACAAUCUGAAAAUAAAAUUUAAGAAAGAAAAAGAUAAUAAUUAGGCAUGAGAAUGAGUUGCAAUGGGUGUCGGAUUCUUCGUAAAGGAUGUAGCGACGACUGUAUAAUUAGACCUUGUCUUCAAUGGAUUCCCUCCUCCGAUUCUCAAGCCAACGCCACCAUUUUUCUCGCCAAAUUUUAUGGCCGCGCCGGCCUCUUCAACCUCAUCACCGCCGCCGCCCAACACCUCCGCCCUGCCAUUUUCAAGUCAUUGCUGUACGAGGCGUGCGGUCGGAUGGUGAAUCCGGUGUACGGUUCUGUUGGAUUGCUGUGCUCCGGCGACUGGGAACGUUGUCAGGCAGCCGUCGACGCCGUCUUGAACGGAUCCAUGAACGUCGAACCAGAUACGCCGCCGUCAAACAACGGUAACCUUUCCCUCAAAUGCUGCGACAUUCGCCACGUUUGUAACGAACCCAAUUUGGCUGCUUCCGGCGAUCUUCUCAAGGUCAAGGGUCGUAGCCGGUUCAAGAAGCCUGAUCAUCGAACCAAACCAAAACCCGGGCCGGAUCAUGACUUAGGAAUUGGGUCUAGUUUUGAUGAAGCGGGCCGGGAUGUGAGCAAUGGAAGCCGGUUUGAGAAGGCCGACGACGUUGAGCUGGAAUUGACUCUUAAAUCGGCUCAGUAAGGGAAGAAAAAGUGAGAAUUAAAAAUUAUAUCACAUAUAUAAGAGAGUUAAAAAAAAAAAAAAAAAUAAUAAUUUGGAAAAAGAAUUGGAUUGUGGACACUGAACAGGUGGCAAUGUGAUGAAGAUGAGGGCUAUGUAUGUGUAUUCCAUGCACAAGGCAGUUAUUCUUAUUUAUUGUGCCUUUGCAAAUUUUCCAUCUUUUUCUUUUUCUUUUUCUUUAUGUAUAGAAUAUAUUGUAAAAAAGCAUUAUAAUAAAACUUAUAUAGUUUUAGUGUCUAAA